GAGGAAUAGCACAACAUCUGAUAAUCAGUCAUAUUGAAAUCAGUUCAGCAUGAAGUAUCUUCUCUCUCUUGUGGCUAUCUCCACUUUGAGCAACAUCGGGGCUGCUCAACUUCUUGACCUUCCUCCUCUCUUCGAUCCAUAUGACCCCAAGUUCGACGACUGGCAGCCUGCAGGCCCCGAUGACUCUCGCGGACCUUGUCCUGGCCUCAAUUCCCUCGCGAAUCAUGGCUUCUUACCCCACAGCGGCAAAAACAUUACUAUAAUCGAUCUUCUUCGUGGAGCCUACCUGGGGCUUGGGGUCUCACCCGAGAUUUCGAUCGUUGUGGGUGCAGCUGAGCUCAUCAAGUCAUAUAGACUGGCCGCCUUUGACCUCCAUGAGCUGUCCAACCAUGGAUUUAUCGACCAUGACUGCAGUUUAUCACGAGCCGACAUUGGAGAUGGCAAUAACAAUGACUUUAACGAAACAAUCUGGUCUGUCCCCUUGGAGGUUCUCAUGAAUUACACUAUUAUCACCCCAGAGGCAAUUGGAGCAGCUAGGUCGGCAAGAGAUCUAUUUGACAUUGCUCACAACCCCAACCAACAGUGCGGCGCCCGCUCCAUUGCAAUUGGCGCCUUGGAGAACGGUCUCCUGAUACAGAGUCUUGGGGGAAAGCCAGAACUCGAAUGGGUUCGAAGCAUAUUUGAGCAGCAGAGAAUUCCGACGAACCUUGGGUUCCGUCCUAAACCUAUCGUACUCAACAAUGCCGUCGGGGUCGCCACUGUUGGUCUCGAAUCACUCUUGUCUCAGCCCAAUCUAACCGAUCUUCUGGGUAGUGUUGUGAUUAAAACUCCAGCGGACCUUUUGGCUGAGGUGUUCCCUGUCAAAGAGUAUAAUUUGACUUACAUUCUGGAAGUUCUUGGGCUGGCGGGAUUUCCUGCCGUUGAUCUGUCCUUUCUGACGGGCUAUAAAAAAGCCAUACAGAUAGGAGCUUGAUACUUGU